AUGCCUGUUUACAAGAAAAAAUUUAUAAACACGUCGCAAGAACUUGAGUUAAUUGAUUCCGAAGAACAAAAAGAACAGCAAGUCUGGUUGAUUCCCUAUACUGGACAAAUAUUUUUAGAUUAUAGUGAAUAUUUGAAAAAUAUCGCUUUAUACAAUCAACCAUUAUGGCAGUGUGCAGUUACAGGAAAAUUAAACCUUACAUAUGCUGAUGCACUUGAAAGUGAAAAGAAACAUCGUGAACAGCUAGAUGAAAAGUUUCCAAAUGGAUUAAAAAAACCAAUUUUAGAAAUAGUACAAUUCAGCGCCGAACGAUUGGAUGAUCUGGUCACAAUAAUAUUUGAGAGUUUUAAAGAACAUUAUACCAUAGGAGAAAUUGUCACUGUAGUUAUUGAUGGGAAAAAGAAUAAAGCAAAAAUCGCUGAUGUAAUUACUGCUGACUCUAACAAUGAAUCGGAUUCAAGUGAUCACAAAUCUUAUAAAGAGUCAUCUUCAUUAAAUUCUAUUUAUCAUCUUCAAUUAUUGGACAAAGAUGGAAAGCCGGAAUCUGCAACAAGAGAAACUUAUCUUCAUGCGCCGUGGGUGGUUAAACCCAAGAUUGCAAAAAAAUAUAAAAUGGCAACUAAAUUACCAGAUGAUUUACAACAAGUAAAAGAUGCCGCCUUAGAAAAAAGUCGAAAAAGAAAGAGCAAGUCGACAUCUAGUUGUAAUCCUUCAAAAAAAGCAAAGCCAAAUUCGAAACCAAGCAAUUCCCGGCAGUUGGAUCAAAAGAAAUCAACAAACAAAAAAGUUGAGCGUAAGAAAAUUAAAUAUCCAAUUGAAGAUCUUGAAGUUCCCCUUGAUAAGAGCCUUCUUCAAAAAAAACCAGAAUUGCAAAUGGAUUUAAGAGUGCCUCAAGAAUCUGUCGGAACAUUUUUAAGUGUAUGGAAUUUUUUCAAUAUAUUUGGAAAAUCCGUUGGUGUUUCAUUUUUUAAUCUAGAUGAUUUUGAAUUGGCACUCUUACAUGACAAAGUACAACCAGUAUGCUUUCUUAUAAUAGAAUUACAUGUGGCAUUAUUAAAUGCUAUUAUUAAAGAUCGUUUGCAAUCUAAAGGAAAAAAAGGCCAACUUGGUUCUCGUGGUCCCACCUUAAAAGAUGAGUCAAUAGAAAUGAAAGAGGAAGAUGAUAUAAAUGAAUUAUCCGAUGCUUCAAUUAAAUUUCUUGAUAAUUUAGGUAGAAAUUGGGACAAAAGAUUAAUUCCUUUGACAGAAAGAAGGAAACAAUGGGAAGAUAUUCUUGUCGGGUUUCUUUAUGAUGUACAAGCUCACGAAAUCUUUCCAUUCUUGGAUAAAAUAUUAUUAGAAUUAGUUGGAAAUGUAAAUGAGGAUAUUGAAGAAAAUUAUAUGAGCCUUGAUAUUACCUCCAAGUUACAAAUUUUGGAUCUUUUGGUUAACACAGCCACAAAAGCAUCAAUUGUUCACGAGCACAUUGAAAGUUCUGUUGAAAAGAGAGCUGAUUUAAAUAAAGAGAAAAAUGAAAUUUUAAGGGAAAAAAGACAGAUCACAUCUUCCAUUGGUCAAAUUGCACAAGGUAUUAUGCCAGUUUUGAGUGCUGAGAAAAGUGGGAGUUCUGACAUAAAAAAACCAACCGAAAAAAAAUAUGACAAGGCUUUGAUCCUAAAACAACUUAAAGAUGAAGAAAUAUCAUUACAAAGAAAGGAAGAACAAAUUGAAAAGGACAAGAAAAAAUAUGCAAUGCCUCGUUCUAUACCUUUAGGAUACGAUAGAUUUUAUAACAAGUAUUUUUAUUUUGAUGGUUUAGGUAUAGCAGUUGGAGAAAAAUAUGGUACAGGUAAAAUUUGGGUACAAGUUCCUCAGGAACAAGAUUUGAGAAUGCUAACUGAUAGAGAUGUGCAACACUAUUACAAAAGAAAAAAAGCUGAAGAUUCAGGUAUGAAUUUUGGACAAUGGGGUUACUAUGAAGACGUAUCAGAUUGGCUUAACACGAAAGGGAACAGAGAAUCUGUAUUGAAGAGUAAACUUUUAAAUCGCUAUCAAGAACUUUCAGCUUGUUUAAUGAAAAGGCAACAGGAUUUGACCACACCUCGUAUGACAAUUGAAGUGAGAAGAAGUAAACGAGUACAAGUUACUAAUGCAGUACUUUCUUCACAAAAAAUUUUUAUUCUUUAA